CUGUUGGAAGUCCGACAGCUUCGGUGAUUCCAAAACGCCUCGUGUGGGAUUUCUACCUUUUCCGAUAGUGUGAAAAAUAAUGUUCAACCAGCGCAGCGGCGAGUGACUGAAGAGCCGUCGUCCGUCGUCGUCGGCGGCGGAGAGCGGAGGCUUCUCGGGGAAGCGUCCACUGCGGUGACGCUGCGCCACUGGGAGCGGGGCCCUGCCUUCUAGCCUGCCAGCUAGCACACACAGGCUAGAACACGGGCAUGGACUCACAGACCCUCGUAGACGACCUGUCGCCAAAGAAGAACACCGUUCUCAAGCUCCCCCAGAUCAGUAACGGGCCGGUGACGGGCUCCCGCAAGCGGCCGUCUGAGGGCAACUAUGACAAGGACAAGGAGCACUGCAUCGUCCUGUUUGACCAGUGGUCGGAGGCAGACCAGGUGGAGUUCGUGGAGCACCUGAUCUCCCGCAUGUGUCACUACCAGCACGGCCACAUCAACUCCUACCUCAAACCCAUGCUGCAGAGGGACUUCAUCACAGCGCUGCCAGCCCAGGGCCUGGACCACAUAGCGGAGAACAUCCUGUCCUUCCUGGACGCCCGCUCGCUGUGCUCUGCGGAGCUGGUGUGCAAGGAGUGGCAGCGGGUCAUCUCGGAGGGCAUGCUCUGGAAGAAGCUGAUCGAACGCAUGGUCCGCACCGACCCCCUGUGGAAGGGGCUGUCCGAGAGACACCAGUGGGAGAAGUACCUCUUCAAAAAUCGCACUACAGAAGUCCCCCCCAACUCGUACUACCACUCCCUAUACCCCAAGAUCAUCCAAGACAUAGAGACCAUCGAGGCGAACUGGCGGUGCGGCAGACACAACCUGCAGAGGAUCCAGUGUCGCUCCGAGAACAGUAAAGGGGUCUACUGCCUGCAGUACGAUGACGACAAGAUCAUCAGCGGCCUUAGGGACAAUUCCAUCAAGAUAUGGGAUAAGCAGUCCCUGGAGUGUCUGAAGAUACUGACGGGACACACGGGUUCCGUCUUGUGCCUACAGUACGACGAGAGGGUCAUCGUAACGGGCUCCUCGGACUCCACCGUCAGGGUGUGGGAGGUGACGUCGGGGGAGGUGCUCAACACGCUCAUCCACCACAACGAGGCGGUGCUUCACCUGCGCUUCGCCAACGGCCUGAUGGUCACGUGCUCCAAGGACCGCUCCAUCGCCGUGUGGGACAUGGCGUCGCCCACCGACAUCAGCCUGCGCCGCGUGCUGGUUGGCCACCGCGCCGCCGUCAACGUGGUUGACUUCGACGACAAGUACAUCGUGUCGGCCUCGGGGGACCGGACCAUCAAGGUGUGGAGCACCAGCACCUGUGAGUUUGUGCGCACGCUCAACGGCCACAAGCGAGGGAUCGCGUGUCUGCAGUACCGGGACCGGCUGGUGGUCAGCGGCUCGUCCGACAACACCAUCAGGUUAUGGGACAUCGAGUGCGGCGCAUGUUUGCGUGUGCUGGAGGGGCACGAAGAGCUGGUGCGCUGCAUCCGCUUUGACAACAAGAGGAUCGUCAGCGGAGCCUACGACGGUAAGAUCAAAGUGUGGGACCUUCAGGCCGCCCUGGACCCCCGCGCCCCGGCCAGCACCCUCUGUCUGCGCACGCUAGUGGAGCACUCGGGCCGUGUGUUCCGCCUGCAGUUUGACGAGUUCCAGAUCAUCAGCAGUUCCCACGACGACACCAUCCUGAUCUGGGACUUCCUGAACGUCUCGACCAACGGACAGUCGGAGGGACGAUCUCCCUCGCGUACCUACACGUACAUCUCUAGAUAGCAGGUGCCACCAGCCAUCGCACCCUUUCUAUGAGGAGCCCUGGGCUGAUUGGCUGACUGGGUGCGUCUGUCGCGGAAAGGAGCUCACCUCCACUUCUCCUUCCUCCUUCUGGUCAUCACUCUGUCCGCCACCCGGCCCCCCCCCCCCCGACCGCCUCAGCCACCCCCACUGACUUGGGUUGGGGGGCGGGAGGGGGUGGAAUCUUUCCCUUUGCCUGUCUCCAGUUUGCACGCACAAGACACACACACACACACACACAAACACACACACACUACUUCACACACACCUUUACACACACACACGCACACACACAACCCGGAGAGCCAACCCCCCCCCCCCCCCCCCACUCCCCACCCCUCACAAACACGUUGUCAUCGUGGUCCAUAUUUAUCUCCAGCCAAGUACUCUUUUUAAUGACAGUAUUAACCGUUAAGACCCCCCCCCCCACAUAACGGCAGAGGCCUUCUAAUUUGGAUUCUGCCACACACACAUCCCCCCCCCCCCCCUCUCCAUGGACAUCGCAUCACAGAUGACUAUACAUCCCAGAUGAUAUGAUCUAUAGGCGUGUAGUCCUCACACAAACACAAGCUUAUGUUCCACCGCCCUCACCCCUCCACCCAACACCCCCCCACCAACGCCUGCAGCGGCACAGCUGGACAGAGGACGGCCCCCCCGGAGCCCUGAUGGGGGAGACAGUGACUCUUUACUCGGCUCUGAGAAGAAAAAAAGAUGGAAGGACGAAGAGGUGGGGGGAGGGGGGUGAACUGGGUGCGGUGGUGGAGAGGAUGAAGUUGAAACCUCGGAGGGGUGGUGGAGGGGGGGGGGGGUCAUGUAGAUGCAUCUAGCACCCCCUGCCCCAGCCUCCUCCCCCUCUCCCUUCCCAUCCCUCCCCCCCUAUCCUUCUCCCCAUCUGCUUUCUCGACCUUGAGCCCCAUCCAUCUCCACCCACCCCCCCCCCCCUUCCCUUCUCCCCCUCCUACCUGGCUCCUUUGCCCCCCCCCCCCCCCCCCCCCCCCCCCACUGCUGGGAUGCCCACCCGCAUGGAGUCGGCUGAUGGAUGGGUGGGUGGUGGGGCAGGCAGGGCUCACGCACUCAAGUUUGCGCGAGAGUGUGCGUGCGUGUGUGCGUGUUUCUAUAUGUGGACUUUUGAAAUGGCGGAAACACAAGGGGGAGGCGACACAAAGAGACAGACGUGCAUGUGAGGUCGCCAUGGAUACAGCAUCCCGGCAAGACCUCUGCUCUUUUUUUCUUUUCUUUUUUGUUCUUUUACUUUCUUACCGUUUUUUUUUUAUUACUAUUUUCUAAUUUUAUUUGAAUCAGUCGGUUCUUAGUACAAAAAAAAAUCAUACUAAGUGUAGUUCUCACCGUGUCGUUUUUUUUUUCCCUUCUCUCUUAACUGCUUCUUCUCUCCAUCUGUCCCUCACUCCAUUUGUGUGUGUGCCUGUGUGUGGGUGUGUGAGAGUGCGUGUGUGUCUAUCUCUCUCUUUUUGUCUUUCUUUAACUCUAUCUCUCUCUCUCUCUCUCUCUCUCCCACCCUCUCUCCCUUGGCCUGUAACAUGGACGUGCUUGCUUUGGUCAGGAGAGAAGCCGGAACUCGAGAGCUCAAAUUUAGCUGUAAACUGAGUUGUCUUGUCAGAAAUUGUGUUGUAUAUUAAAAAUGAUUUUUUAAAGAAGAAAAUGACCUUAUUGUGAAUAAAGUACUUGACAGUGGUGGAGUGUUGAGUCAACUGUAACAUGA